UAACGCAAUGGCGAGUGCGGCUAUGGUGUGAGAGCUCGACGUAGGGUUAGCGGCUCCGCCACGAAUCUCCUGGAGCUCGCGCCUCGAAGAUUGGAUGAUCUACUUGAGCGGCAGGAUUAGAACCCUAUAACGCACCAAGAACGCGAGCGCGCGCCUGCAAACCCUAGGAUAGGGCUUCCCGGGGAAAUGGCGACUACUGCCACAGUCGCGGUCACGACAGUCGGUCCCCCUUCCGCGCCGCCGCCGCACACCUCCGAGGAGGAGAUCGCCAAGAAGAAGAACACCGAUUGCGUCUAUUUCCUGGCAUCGCCUCUUACAUGCAAGAAGGGCGAUGAGUGUGAAUUCCGGCACAGCGAGAGCGCCAGGCUGAAUCCCAGAGAUUGCUGGUAUUGGGUGGGCGGGAAUUGCCGCAACAGGGAGUGUCCAUUUCGCCAUCCGCCUAUAGAGAGUCGCCCAGCAGCAGCUGCUCCGCCACCAACACCACCCGUGCCAAAGAAACCCGUCCCGUGCUUCUUCUUCUCCCAGGGCUGCUGUGCCAAGGGAGCCAAAUGCCAGUUUCUUCACGAGGGUCCGGCAUCAAAUGCGAUGGUGUACAGGCUCUCCGAUUCCUCCAAACCAGCAACACAGGAUUCCAGCAAGCCCAAAGUGGAGCCAUCGACUGUGGAAGCCACUCAACUGCAGCAGCAGGGUAGCACAGGAUCGCAAACUCCUGACAAGAGGAAAGACAAUGUCUACCGCCUCCAGGAUGGUCCGAGGAAAGGGAAACUAGCAGCACCAGCAGCAGCAGGACCUUCCAGGGAAUCGUCCGAGGACUUGAACAACGAUCAAUCCGCCAACAGGACCGGCAAGCCACACAAGGAGAGCUUUACGUGGAAGCUAUCGGACAGCCCCGCGGCGCAGAAGCAACCAGCGGCACAAUCCUCGGAGGCCUCACCCCCGCAAAGGAAGGCAGAGAAGCACAGCCGGAAGUCGAGCUCGUCGAGCGGUGAGAUGGACAGGAAGAGGAGGGAGUCAAACGCGAGCAGAGGGUCCGACGGCGGUGACAGCAGCGAAGUGGUGGCGGAGGAUUUCGCAGGGCCGAAGAGCCUGGCUCAGAUCAAAGAGGAGAAGCGCAAGAACGAGGAUUUGGAAGAGCCCGGCUCGGCAUUCAAGGCCAAGAGAAAGCCGAGCGGCCAAGGUGGUGGCGGUGUUCGUAGGAAGCUAUGUAAUGGAUCGAGCAGCGGCGCUCAUGGCGGUGACGGUGAUGGUGGCGGUGAGGGUGAUGGUGGCGGUGAGGGUGACGGUGGCGGUGAGGAGGGCGAGGACGGUGAGAACGUGACGGGCAUGGAGAUCAACGGCGCAGAUGCUGCCAUGCAUGCUGACGAGGACGAGUUUGCCCGGAAGCUUGCAGGAUUGUUGUAACUCGGAGAGAAAAAAAACAAAAAUUUACGAACAAAAACUCUGGUAUAGUGGUGCGAGG